UCGCCUGGGAAAACAAACAGCUAUCCAGACAAUUAAAAAGAAAAACAGCCAUCGGCGGCCAGGUACGGAGGAGGCUUGUGGACUUCACUGCGACACUUGGGAUCUGGUGAGAGAAUGAAUGCUGAUGACUGUAAUGGACGCUCAUAUGCACAAGGUAAUGGUGGAGAGUCGUCAACAGAGCCGGAGUUUUAUGGCGGGAUGCAGGCCCCUUCUGCGAGAUCUCCAAACAGUCAGCAGUCCUCUCCACGUCGCUCCCACAGUGCAAACUCCAUCAAGGUUGAGAUGUGCAGUGAUGAUGAAUCAUCGGGAGCUCCGCAUCCGGAGAACAAAGAGGCUGCCAGGGACGAGAGGGGGAAGGAGGACAGAGGAGACCACAUGGAGGAAGCCAGUGUAGAGUUCGCCGUGUCCGGAAGAGACAGGGCGAUUUACAGCGAGAUGGCCAGUCCGAAUUCGGCCUCUCCGGGACCCAUCCGGCUGCCCAACGGGAAGCUCCAGUGCGAGGUCUGUGGGAUGAUCUGCAUCGGACCCAAUGUGCUGAUGGUGCACAAGCGUAGCCACACAGGCGAGCGGCCGUUCCAGUGUAACCAGUGUGGAGCCUCCUUCACCCAGAAGGGAAACCUGCUGCGCCACAUCAAGUUGCACUCAGGAGAGAAGCCUUUCAAAUGUCCCAUCUGCAAUUACGCUUGUCGCAGGAGAGACGCGCUGGCAGGACAUCUGCGGACACACGCAGUUUCCUCUCCAACUGUAGGAAAACCUUUCAAGUGCAGCUACUGCAGCCGAAGCUACAAACAACAGAGCACAUUGGAAGAACAUCUGGAGCGCUGUCACAGUUAUCUGAAGACGCUGGACCCUCCGACGGCCGUCAACACGCAGACAAGCCAGGGUGAAGAAUCGGUGACGAUGGAGACAAUUUCGAAACCUGCACCUCAGCCAUCUAACAACAAAAUUCACUUUGUGGAUCGACUGUCUAUCAGCAUCACCAAACGUAAGAGGUCCACACCACAGAAGUUUUUAGGUGAAAAGCACAUGCACCUUGACCCACCGGAAGCACCUUAUGAAUUGUCCUCCGGCUCUGAGAAAGAAGGAGACCUCCUGAGCUCUCACUCUGCCGGUGAAUCGGGUGGACUGGCUGGUUCACAUCUCCACUGCGCCCGGAGUAAAGGCGACAACCACGAGUCGCCGGCGCUCUCUCAGCUCCAUCCUGCCUUCCUGUCGGAGCUCCGCACAGUCAUGGGCUCCCUCAACAGCAACGCCACUCCUCAGGGCCCCCGGGGCCACGGCGGGGGCGGGCUGGCCGCCGUGUCCCUCGGCCUGGCCGGGCGGGAGGCGGGCGAAGGCCGCGACGAUCAACCCUCAGCACACAGCCAUAACACCUCGCCCAACGGCUGCCCCGACUCGACAGACACAGAGAGCACAGCAGAAGAGCAGAGCACAAGGGCUACAGCCCCCACCAGUACCUCCAGCAACCACCACCUCCACUACCAAAUCCCAGCACUGCCCCGCAGUCACCCCACUUCCAGCCCCAGCCAGGCCAAAGACUUGGACGCUGAGUGGGAGAGAGCGUGCCCCGUGCCCCCCGCCGCGGCCAAGAGGAGCCCCGCCUCGCCCCUCACCUCCAGGGACACCGUGCAGGUGCUGGACCGGGAGGGCAGGCCCGUGCGCUCCUUCCACUGCCGGCACUGCCGCAUCCUCUUUCUGGACCACGUCAUGUUCACCAUCCACAUGGGCUGCCACGGCUUCCGCCAGCCGUUCGAGUGCAACAUCUGCGGCCACCGCAGCCAGGACCGCUACGAGUUCUCCUCUCACAUCAGCCGCGGGGAGCACCAGGUGGGCUGAGGGGAGGCCGGAGAGGCCACGGUCGAUCCCUGGAGUGGCGGGCUCACGUUUGUUCUGCACCAGAUCAAUUGCUUUAAAUUCCUAGUACAAGAAUAGAAGAAUCUGCAAUUUUAUUCUGAGAAUAUUUAUUACACCGAGACAGAAGCGAGUGAGAAGUACUUUCGCUGCACCAGUCAAUGUUUAGUGGAGGCAAAUUACAUUCUAUGAUUGAUUGCACUCCCAUAUCAAAUCAUUUAGCAAAGCUACCGGUUUUGCUUCAAAAGUGCCUUCUUUGGGGGAUUCCUCUUAACUUAAAAAAAAAAAAAAAAAAACUAAUAAAAAACAAGAAAGGAGUAGGGAACUGGUGCUGAAAAAUCUUGACUAGCCAUCUUUUCCUAAGUGAUUUUACGUAGUUAGCACUUUUAGGAGAACAUGUGCUCAUGCGGUUGGUAAAAGCAUGGCAUGUAUAUUUUGAGAAUUAUAUUGCUUAGUGUGCACUAAGAGCUUGGCUUUCGCGGCUGAGGAGGGUGUUUUGUGUAGUGUGUUAGGUGAGUUUAAUAUGCACUGAGAGCUUUGUGCCUCUGGAUUUGGGAGAAGCUUUUGUCGCAGACGAAGCACAGAAAUGGUUUGCCUUAACUCCCACGGUGGCGCACCGUUGUGGGGGAUACACAUUGUUUACAGCACGGUUUUAAUGGUGUGUGAAGUCAACACUGAAAGAGAGAGUAUUCAGGACAAAGUGAGACCAUAGAGGAAGUGGAACUUGAAAAA